CAUUGGAUUCGGGAAGUCCUUCACCAAAGGGUAAUCCGGAUACCGGCUGACCUGCGGGCUCGGGCAUGCCUGCCGGCUCCCCUCGCAGUUGUCUUGGCGGUGGUUCUCCUCCUCAGGGUCCUCCUCCUCCUCGGGGUUCCCGUCCUCGAAGCGGAAUGUAUGCACGACCGGUUCAUAGCAGUCAUACGUUGGAUGGUGCAGGAUAAAGUGGCUCGGCUUCUCCCCCUCUUCCGACCAG